GCUUGUAGUUACCUUUACGUUGGCGGGGUGUUGUCUUGCUGGCAUUUUUUGUUCCUCUUAACUAGCUCGAGAAAAUGGUUGUGUAAACGGGUCUAGGGACUCCAGAGACGUAUAAUUCGUAGAUUUGUAUUGCACAGACAAUAACAGAUUAGACCAAAUUUGUGACCGACAGAUUAACUCACCGUAAAGUAUAAGCGACAAAACCUAAAACGAAACAAGUUUGCGAAUGAAGCAAAACUGCAACUUGUUCAUACGGGUUCUAGAGAGUUAACUAUGCUAGCUAGCAUAUGUCGGAUGGGAACGUCAGAUAUGGCAUAGCAAGCUUUAGCUAGAUAUCUGUUUUUUCUAAAUUGACCAGCGAGUCAGGAGCGGACAUUUAUUGAUACUGGGCAGGGGCUUUCCUCUGACUUUGUUCACGUCUUCUAUGUGGUUGGAUUUAGUUCUCUGUUCAGCUCAAAUCAAACGGCGUGAAAGAAACAGAAGCUGAUGUCACAGUGAAGUGCGCAUUAUAGCACACGUAUCCGUUAGCAAGGCUGCUCUGAUACUGCUACCCGGCUAGUGAGUAUUGCAAAAUAUUAUUGCCUGGAUUUUAGGUCCUAUAUUUGACGGGAGCUAUUGUUUAUCAUCAGAGGAGAUUUCGUCUUACAGAAUGCUGGGACCUCCAUUAGUCACUGGCCUUUGUUGACAAAACGGACGUCGAUUUGCGAAGUAAACAGGGAGUGUGUAGUUUAUGUUCGCUACACAUGAUCAACUAACAGUGAAUUCGAAAUACUAGUACUCUCUCCCGUUGGACUUGCAACGAUUGAAACAAUCAAUUGGACGGUGGAUCAACCAUUUCAAAGUUACUAUGCUAACGCUAGUCAUCAAAAGGAAAUGGUCGCAGUGCAUGAGACAACGUUAGAUCUUGAAUUUACAAUCACUGAAGGUCGUGAAGAAGAGUACUGUUUCGUAUAGCGUUGAACGAGUGACCGUCUAGCAUCAACCACUGGGACCAUUAAUGCAAUUUUAACAGCACCUAUUUGCUAGCUUUAUAGCUAGCUAGUUUGGUGGGGACGUUGGUAGCUGCACAUUCUCGGAAUUUGACCUGAUUAACACAGACUUUCCACGAGAGCAUUCUGCGAGAGCACAAUGUCUGAGAAUCAGGGUAAUGUCAACAACAACAUCCCCCUUAACAACAAUGGCGGGGCGAACAGGAUCAGAAACCCUAACAUCAACCAAAACCCUCUCAUCAACGUGCGAGAUCGACUCUUUCACGCCCUGUUCUUUAAGAUGGCAGUGACUUAUGCACGAUUGUUCCCACCAUCAUUUCGUCGGAUAUUCGAGUUCUUCGUCCUAUUGAAGGCUCUGUUUGUGCUCUUCAUCCUGGCCUACAUCCACAUCGCCUUCUCGCGCUCGCCCAUCAACUGCCUGGAGCACGUGCGGGAGAAGUGGCCCCGCGACGGCAUCCUGCGCGUGGAGAUCCAGCGCAACUCCAGCCGCGCGCCCAUCUUCCUGCAGUUCUACGAGACCGAGGGCUUCCAGGGCCUCGUCAAGGAGCCCGAGGGGGACGAACCCGGCCUGGAGGUGGAGGGGGUGGUCCGGCACGUCACUCCGGAGGAGGACGAGGAAGAGGAGAUGACCCUGGAGAUGUUUGACAACAGCUCUGUACAGUUUGAGCUGGACAUGGAGCCGCGUCUGAAGCCGUCUGUGCAGGCUGGAGGGUCCGGGCUGGGCCUGAACGACUCAGUGGAGCUCUCCUUCAGCCAGACGCCCACUAAAGGUAUGCAGCCGCUGCAGGAGACUGUCUCCGAGAUUGAGAUGCUAACGCGAGCAGUGUGGCCCCAGGAGGAGUACAUUGUGGAGUAUUCCCUGGAGUACGGCUUCCUGCGUCUCUCCCAGACCACCCGCCAACGCCUCAACAUCCCCGUCAUGGUGGUCACUCUAGAUCCGAUGAAGGACCAGUGCUUUGGUGACGGCUUCAGUCGAUUCUUGCUCGAUGAGUUCCUGGGCUACGAUGACAUCCUCAUGUCCAGCGUCAAGGCCCUAGCAGAGAACGAGGAGAACAAAGGUUUCCUGCGCAAUGUGGUGUCCGGAGAGCACUACCGCUUUGUGAGCAUGUGGAUGGCCCGCACCUCCUACCUGGCCGCCUUUGUUAUCAUGGUGAUAUUCACCCUGUCUGUCUCUAUGCUGUUGAGGUAUUCCCACCAUCAGAUAUUCGUUUUCAUUGUGGACCUGCUUCAGAUGCUGGAGAUGAACAUGACCAUCGCCUUCCCAGCAGCCCCUCUGCUUACAGUCAUCCUGGCGCUCGUGGGCAUGGAGGCCAUCAUGUCAGAAUUCUUUAAUGACACUACCACAGCUUUCUACAUCAUCCUCAUCGUGUGGCUGGCUGACCAGUAUGAUGCCAUCUGCUGCCACACGAACACCAGCAAACGCCACUGGCUCAGGUUCUUCUACCUGUACCACUUUGCGUUCUAUGCCUACCACUACCGCUUCAACGGGCAGUACAGCAGCCUGGCCCUGGUCACCUCCUGGCUCUUCAUCCAGCACUCCAUGAUUUAUUUCUUCCACCACUACGAGCUGCCCGCCAUCCUGCAGCAGAUCCGCAUCCAGGAGAUGCUGCUCCAGAACCAGCAGGCGGGUCAGGCCAACCAGACGGCCCUGCAGGACAACCUCAACAACAACACCACGGCCAGCAACGCCGCCAACCCCAGACCGGCAGCCAACGGCCAGCCACCGCAGCCAGGCGAGGCCCAGGCUUCAGCUUCGGCCUCCUCCGGCGCCCAGGCCUCCUCCAGCACCGGCGAGCCGCGGCCUGGCGUGCCGAGUGCAGACGUGGCCAACGAGCUGGACUGGAUGGCUGAGACGGCGGCCAUCUUGACUGAGGCGCUGGGCCCACAGCUGGGCGGGACGCUCCUGGAGACGAGCAGCCUGAGGGAGGGGGCGGUGCCACAGGAGCACCCCCUCAGUAUCGUCACAGAGAUCCACGUGGCCGGAGCUUCUGAGAGCACAGAGGCCUCUGGAGCUGCAGCAGCUGCAGCAGGAGGAGGAGUGGGAGGGGCCACCAGUCUGGUCGCCAUGGAGAUCAAAGCUCGGGGGUGUGCCCAGGGUGAGGUUCCCUGUGGCUCCGCUCUCCCUUCACACACAGACUCGGGGGCGUCGGAGGCGAGCGGUGUAGCAGUGGACACUCGACAGUGUGCGGACGGCGACACACACAAAGCCAGCCCCCCCCAAACCCAAACCACAUCCGACGCCCCCCCAACACCCACCUGAGUCUGCUGCCUGCUGCCUUUCCCCCCCUCUCCCCCUCGCUCACACAUCUCGCUCACACACCCGUCGCGUCUCACACACACUCAAGAGUUUGUCCAUGUGGUCCUCCUCCUCCUCCUCCUCCCGUGCUGCGCGUCGCCGCCUCAUCACUGGACACUCAUGCUGCAGACGAGGAGGAAACGCUGGGAGUGGCGGACACAAAGAGAGACAGAAAAAUAUUCAAACUAAAUUCAAAUCAGGCCCUUGCUGGCCGCCAAAGGGUUUCGGGGGUCAAAGCGAACGUUUUAGUUGUAGUUUUUUGGGCCUGAGCCGGACUGGCAGUGGUGGACGCAGCGAUGGUGGGAUGUUGCCGUGGGCAGUGACAUCAGCAGUGACAUCAGCAGUGACAUCAGUAGUGUGCUCAUCUGAGAGAGAGAGAGAGAGAGAGCCUGCGCUGUCCUUGUGUUUCUGUCUCCUGCUUCUCUUUGUUUUUUUUCUUUUCUUCGUUUUUUUCUUUUUUAACAAUCCUUUAAAAUCGAAAACAUGAUUCGUUUCAGUAGAAGAGUGUUUUCCCCUGUUUGCAUUUCGUGAUAAAAAAAAACUAAACAAAACAAACAAACAAACAGGUCUAUAGUAUGAUGGUUAUGUUUGUGUCCAUGGGCCUGUUCCUCUCUGUUCAGACGCAGUGUGUCUGUGGUCUAUUCCGUCUCACGGACUCUAACCAGCGUCCUCCAUUUGUUGUGUAGGAAGUUGCUAUGACGCCGGUGGUUACGCAACGUGAGCCUAGAAGCACAGGUGUAUCAGCUCGCUCUCUUCACUUGUGUGCGCGUGUGUGUGUGUGUGUGUGUGUGUGUGUGUGUGUGUGUGUGUGUGUGUGU